UAGGAGCAGUAAUAGUGCUACCAACGGCCACAACACGAGGUCCACUGCUAACAAGGUUGUUAACAAUUCGGCAGCAGUGACAGCAGCUGUUACGCCACCUUUAAUAAUGAAUGGAGGAACGACCACAUCCAAUCACAACCACCUGACACGGCUGUCAGUGCGCACCGAUCUGGCGCAUGCUGGAGUGGUGGGGCUAGCCACGCCCACUGGAGCGUUAUUAACCACGCCCACUGCUGGCGGAGGGAGAGUAACCACGCCCACUGCUGGCGGAGGCAGAGUAACCACGCCCACUGCUGGAGGAGGGGAAGUAACAACGCCCACUGUAACUGGAGGGGUGACCACGCCCACUGCUGGCGGAGGAGUGGGGAUGACUAUGGCAACUGGUGGCGUGACCACGCCUACUGGUGGAGCGGCCGCUAAUGAGAGUGAAGGGGAUGUGGCUAGUGGUGGAGCUGGAGGUGGAAGAACGGCGGAGAGUAGAGUGGCAGCUGUUUGUAGACAGGGCAGUAGUAGUAGAUCGUCGACAUGUGGCGACCACCAGCUACGCAGCAAAAACAACUGCGCCUUCCGCACGCACUGCACGGCACAACCGCCGAGCCUGACGAGGAGGGGAAUGCCUCAUCACAGUCCUCCUCUCACUCGCACUCCUCCUCCUCCUCUCGAUUGCCUCCCCCUCCUCCUCCUCCUCCGCCGGCUGCCUCCUCGCGACUGCUGCUCAAACGGAGACGCUGCAAGAUGCGGCGACGCAAACGGCUGUCGGUAGAGGAGAAACUGAUUGAGGAUAAUCGGUCAUAUUACAAGGUGGAAGUGCUAAACUCGAAACUUCGUUCAACCGGCUACUAUAUGAGUCAACAGCUGAAUCGCCAUUGCUCCUCCUCUGCCUCCUCGUCCAACUCACCCUCCUCCUCCUCACAAGUCACUGCUGCCAAUGCCACGGCAACGGCCGCCACAAACAAUCGAGCAGGCAGUGGCGGCGAGUGUUGCAGUGUUGCCAACAGUGGCAGUGCUCAGCAGCCGAAACAGCCGGUUGUUAUGCGGUUCAAGAAGGUGAGAAAAUCAGAGCUGUCCCUACUGAGUGAUGAGGCCGAAAACUUUAUGUUUGGAGAUUCGGCAUCAAGGAGUCAUCAACUCCACAAUCAUCAUCAGCAGAAUCAUCGCAGCUCGGAUGACGAUCAUCAAGAAGAUGACGACCAUGACGAUGAUAAUGAUGCCGAUCAUCAUCAUGAUGACGAAGAUGAUGAUGAAGAAGAAAUGCAUGACCAACAGGAGGUGAACCCGCAUGCGCAGAAGCAGCGUCGUAAGCGGCGCACUCACGCCGAGCUGUUUAUCAAUGACAAUCUGGACUACUACAAGUUUGACCUUUCUGGCGGCAGAUUGCGCUGCAGUCAAGGUCACACAGAGGUCAAGGUCGAGCCGGAUGAUGGGGGCACUGUCCCUAAUGUCAAGAUAAAGGAGGAGAUCAAAGAGGAGAUAAAGGAGGAGGCAGAUGAUGAGGAGUGUGAAGGAGGGGGAGGAGGAGAGGAGGAACAGAUGUCAGCUGAUAGGAUUUCGUUUGCCUUUGAAACGGCGCCAAUUCAUGAGUCGUGGUACCAGACUUAUCUGAGGCAGGAUGAAGCUAGGGAGGAACAUAUGCAGGCCUAUCAUAGCUAUCCAGUGCUGAGACUGCCCUAUGAGUACAGGGACAAGCAUAAACGUCGUAUGCUGUGGGCCGCUGCUAAUCAGUCUGGUAGCAAAACGGGAUCGCCCUAUCGGCGCUGGAAGCACAAGCUGGGCGGAAAACGCGGCAUCAGCGCUUUGGACGACAAACCACGCAAAUCGCCACGCUGUCACGCGUCCACGCUUGCCAUUCUGUCGACGUUGAAGUACAGGCGACGACGAACUGGUCCCACCUUGUCUCCGGCGGCGGCGGCGGCGGUGACACCGUCAAAGUGGUCGACGCCCGGUGACGAUGCCAAAGCGGCUACACCAAUUACUAGUGAGGAUGCGACGACAACAACUCCGACAGACUGUGUCAAAGUGGGGGGGUCAACGACUGCGACAGACUGUGUGGGAGUGUCGGAGUGUGUGAUGAUGACAAGAGGUGGGUGUGAUGACAAAGUGGGGACACCGAGAAGAGGUGGGUGUGAUGACAAAGUGGGGACACCGACAAGGUUUGGGGAGGUGUUUGGUGGGACAACGGACACCGUCAAGGUGGGACGACGACGUGUGAAGAGUCGGUGUGAGGAGGACUAUGUGGGGUUGGCUGAGAGUUUGGACGAGUAUUUUUGUCGGUUUUACUGGGAAAAUGGUGGCCGGGAGGAGGAUGUGUAUGCUAGUACUAUGCACAAGUUGCGGAAGGCGUUGGUGGAGUGUAGUGAGAGUGGUGGGGGAGAUGAGGAAGCGGGAGGUGAUGCGUUGUCGGCGCCAUCUACGUCCACAAAAAGGUCGAAAACUCCUCCGUCUUGCUGUAAGGACCAGGAUGAAAAGGAUGAUGAUGAGGCUGAGAAGGAGCUCUCUCACUCUAGCACGUUGUGCUGUAUGGCCGACGUGGAUCCGGCCAUCUUCUCGACCGAUUCGGCCAAGUUGGCACUCAGCCUCGCUCCGCUCGCCCCCGGCCCGCAGGAGACCGACUUCCUGCAGCUGUUGGCCUCCUAUCGGCAGUGCAACAGCAUGGAGCGCGCGCUCUACGGUCACCAAUCCUGUUUGAAUACGUCGCGCGCGAUCGAGGCGUUGAGAAGGAACAACCAACUGUUGCAGCCGGGAGGGGGGCAGGGGCACGACAGUUGUGCCAGCAGCGAGUGUGGCGGAUCGUCUACAGGUGAAUUGCUGGGUUUCACUGAAGACGGGCGCAUGCUGAGCAGCAAACGGCGUAAACGCAAGAAGCGUAACAUGACCGGCUGGCCCAAGGACAAACCCAAAAAACAGCUGAUUCAGCAACAUCCACAGCAACAUCGAGUGGCCACACCGUCAACUAGUGCCAGCCUAGCAACAAUAGACCAAGUGGAAGACAACCUGGUGGUGGAAGCAGAGGAGGACACCGUCAAGGUGGGACCGCGUAAAGUGGGUCGUGCCACCACCCGGCUGUCGGUGUCAAAGUGGCCGCGGCGCACGACGACAAGCUGCGACCGACGAACAACGACAAACUGCGACUCGUCGCCGUCAAAGUGGCGCACGACAAGUUGUGAGGAGGGUCACCGACAAACUGAGACAAGUUGUGAUGAGGGACAGAGUGGGGCGCCGUCGACUAACGCCAAACUGAGGCGGCGAACUGUGUCGGUGACGUCACCGCCUGUGAGGCGUGGUAGGGGUAGGGGCAGAGGUAGAGGUAGGGGUCGGGGGCGUAGAUGAGACCGGGUGGAGGGGGUAGGGUGGGUUGAGAGUGUGGUGUGAUGACUAGAGACAGGACAGUGUUGGUGGUUGGUUAAAAACAGUACCGUAGUUAGCUAAGAGAGGAACUUGGGCUAGAAACAGUACUGUGAUUGGUGGCUGGCUAAAGAGAGUACUGUCAUUAAAAACAAUAAUGUAGUUGGCUAAAAGCAGUACUUUGAUUAGUUACUGGUUAAAAGCAGUACUUUGAUUGGUAACUGGUUAAAAGCAGUACUUUGGUAACUGGUUAAAAGCAGUACUUUGGUAACUGGUUAAAAGCAGUACUUUGAUUGGUAACUGGCUAAAAGAAGUGCUGUGAUGGGAACUUGAGCUAGAAACAGUACUGUAGUGAUUGUUCAAUGGUGGUCGCUAAAAAUAGUACAGUGGUGCCUGUCAAAUAAUUCAAUAGAAAAUUCCCGUAAGAUAGAACUCAUUUUGCU